AUGAGCCAAGUACCGAAAUUUGCUAAAGGCAAGUACUUUGAUAAGAGCACACAGCAAACUCUCAUUUUAGUCAAUUCCUUAUUAUGUGCCAUAAUCUCAAUUAGAAUAUGGGGAUGUGUAACGAGUAUAUAUACUGAAUAUAGUGCCAAUAUGAAGUUUAGUUGGUACGAUAGUAAUGAAAUAGUUACUAAUCUGGUUAUAGCAAUAAUUGGAACAUUUUUACAGUUGCUCUUUACCAUAAUUACCGCAUAUGUACACAAAUUGAGAAUUUAUCUCAGAUUUUCAGCAGAAGUAGGCAUACUAUUGCAGGCCUUAUCAUUUCCUAUACAUCUUAAUGAUAAUAACUCCCAAAUGUUUAUUCAGAAUUCUACUUUUCACUUUGCAUCCAUCUUUAUUAUAUCCUUUUAAACAAUGUUCAAAAAGGUAUAUUACAGAAAAACCUUAUACAAAAAAAGUUUGCCAUUUAUGGUCAUUUAUCUCUCAGCUCAUGCCCACAUAUUUUGUAGAUGCUUUCAAUCUAAAGCUGUUGAAAUUUAUUCAGAUGGUGCUAUUAAUAUACUGGUGUUUACACUUUCAAUCAGUUUAUGUAUUGGUAUCUCAUCAUAUAUAGUUCAAGUAAUGCGCCUCUCCUCCUACAUUCAUAAAAGUUAAAAAUCUAAAAGACUCAAGCUUGAUUAUAGAAAUGUUAUAGAAAACUUUCCAUAGGGAUUAAUUAUCUCAAAUUCUGAUGGAAAGGUGCAUUUUAUCAACAAUCACUUACAGCACUUCAUUGAUUACGAUUUAAGUUAUUCCGAAAUGAAAAGAUAAGAGAGUUUAGACUCAAAAAUAUUUAAACGUUAUUGCUUUUAAAAUGCAGAGUCCAAUAUCUCUCUUCCUCAUAAAAAAGAUGCUGAUAGCGACCUGAAUAUGAUGAGUUUGCUCGAUAUUUUAAAAGAUGAAUCAAUAGAAGAUAGCUAAAAGAUAUUUUUUGACGUGAUAAUGACUGAAAAUGUUUAAUUGCAUCAGGCAACAGACUCCACAUAGACUGGGGAUGACUGUUUAACAGUAGAAAUCUAAAAGGUUUAAGUUCAAUUCUCUAAUUAAUAGGCUUAAUUAAUCAUCAUUAGGAAUAUAACCUCUAUCCUUUCUUAUGAAAAGUAGAAAAAUGACUAAAAAUACUUGGAAUUAUUGUUGGCUACAGUUUCACAUGAAAUGUUAACACCUCUGAAUUCAAUGAUCGGAUUAACGAGCGUUCUGAAGAAAAAAUUCGAUAUUAAAACCUAAACGUAGCUAAUUAACGGUUUUGUAGUUGACACCACAACUUUCUCCAAUUUCAAUGCUACAAAUAAUUAAGAUAAUAUGAAGCCUAAUUCAUCUUAUAAAUCUAAUUCAUUAUAGAGAGCUAUGAUUGAUGAUCCUAGCUAUAUGAUUCGAGUUAUCAAUAAUUCAGCUGUGCUACUGUAGUAUCUAGUUUUGGAUUUCGUUGACCUGAUGAAAAUUAUAAAAGGCUAAUUACAUUUAAACUAUUAGCAAAGCUAACUUUAAAAAACCUGCUUUGAUGUAAUCGAACUUUUCCAUGCCCAGAUGUAAAUGAAAAAUCUCACCUGUAAAUUUCUAGUGACAGAUUAAACACCGAUGGAAUUAUAUUUUGAUACUAAAAAAUAUCAGCAAGUGCUACUUAAUAUUAUCUAAAAUGCAAUUAAAUUCACUAAUUAAGGAGGAUUUGAUAUAUUCUUAGACUACAUUAGAUCUGAAACAUGCAAAGAAUAUGACUGUGGAACUUUAGUGACUCAAGUCAGAGAUACAGGUAUCGGAAUAAGUGAUACUAUUCAAAAGUAAUUGUUCUAGAUAUUCGGCAAUUUGAAAAGAGUUAGUGAAGAUUCGAUUAUCAGAACAUAAGGGAUCGGGCUCGGUCUUAGCAUAUGCAAAGAAUUAGCAUAGUUCUUAGGAGGUUCUAUUAAAUGUGAGAGUGAUAUCGGUGCUGGUACCAAAAUGACUUUUAGUAUUAUUUCUAAAUGUAAAAAGUGCAUUGAUUCAUAAAAAAUGCUUGCUGAAAAAAAACUACUCGAUCAUCAAGGAGAGUCUGAUCAUAAUCAAGAAUUUAAAAAUUAGGAAAUCCAAAAUUCAUUUGUUGAUGCUUUCUAAAUUCAAGAAAAUAAUUAGCUUUUAGAUGUCUCUAAAUUGAAUGAGAGAGUUGCCUAAAAACAACGUAGAAAUAGUUUUUCACCUAUGAAGAGGGUUUUAAAUCAGUCUAAAUUUGUGACUAAAAUGGUAUUUGGAAAUGAAUCAGUAUCUGAUUUGUAGGAGUUAGCAAAGCUUAAAUAGGUAAAAACAGGGAAAAUUAAAUUUAAUCAAACAAAUGAUCCUUAAAAUAAUGUCUACAACAAUGCUAAUUUCAAAAGUACCUCAAUGGCUUAUGCUUAUAUGAUGAAUAAUGAACAUUCAAAAACAAGUACUGACUAUAGCAGAUUUGUAAUGCCCCACAAUAUCAUAACAGAGGAUUAUCUUACACCCUCUGACAUGCCUACACUCGGGUUUGGGUAAUCAUAUGGAUUAGACGGGUUAAAGAUAGACAAAACUAACAGUGAAAAAAUUGUUGAUAACAGUUCCCAUCGUCCAUCAUUUAGCUAAACAAUGAAGAUCUAAGUAAACGGUGGCUAACAUGUUCAGAGCAAAUUUAGACCCGAUGGUCUUGAUGUUUAAAGGAAUAAAAAUCAUUUUUAUGAUAAUCAUCAUAAUCAAACAAAUCCUGACUUAAUUAAUCACAAUAAUUUGCAUGAUUAGCAAGCACUCAUGGAUUUUAGAGACAUUCAGAGCCCAGCCUUCAACAUAAACCUGCUUGGAAAUAAUUUGAAAAAUAUUAGUGCUCAAGAGAACUCUUUAAUUCAUAAUUCUACUUAGUCUCCAAGAUUUUCUAACUGUGAAAUGAGCGAAAGAGGUGCAAAUGAAAUCAAGUUAGAGUUUAAAAAUGUUGAUGAUUACUAAUUCAAGGUUUCAGACAACAACUUGAUGAACUUGAAAAAAGAUAUAGAGUACAAUCAACCAAUUACCAGAAAAUUUAGAUCUGCAAUUUUUAAGGACCCUAAUUGCGAAGAAGCUGAGUUUGAGACUUAGUAGGCUUUACAUAAAAAGCAGUUGACAUUUUAGAUUCAGGAACUCAUUGAUAAUGGUGACAGAAAUAAAAAGAAGUCUAGUGAUCAAGUAUCAUCAAAUCACAAAUUUACUUUCUACCAGGAUAGCAAAUCUAGAUAAAACCAAUCUAAUUAAAUCGAUACUCAGAAGGUUCAAAUAACAAUAAUUGAUAAUGAAGAUAACAAGGAGCAGAACGAACUAAUUCAAGAAAAGAAUAGAAAGAGUGCUCUUGUUCAGCUGAAAUACUGA